UUCCUCUCUGCUGGUGGAACCAUGGAGCUCCGCUCCGUCCUCCCGGCUCUGCUCUGCAUCUCCGCCGCCUGCCUGCAGUCGGUGUCCGGCGCGUUUUCACGGCGGGGACCGAAGGUCACCGAGAAGGUGUUUUUCGACAUCACAGUGGGAGGUCACGAGGUGGGCCGCAUCGUCAUCGGUCUGUUUGGAGAGGUCGUCCCUCUUACUGUCAACAACUUUGUCGCCUUGGCAACAGGAGAGAAAGGUUACGGCUACAGGGGGACAAAGUUUCACAGGGUCAUCAAGGACUUUAUGAUCCAAGGAGGAGAUUUCACAGCUGGAGACGGAACCGGAGGUCACAGCAUCUAUGGGACGACGUUUGCAGAUGAAAACUUCAAACUGAAGCACAUAGGAGCCAGCUGGGUGAGUAUGGCCAACGCUGGGCCGGACACCAACGGGUCGCAGUUCUUCAUCCUGUCCACCAAAGCGCCGUGGCUGGAUGGGAAACACGUGGUCUUCGGCAAAGUUCUGGACGGGAUGGCCGUGGUUCACACCAUCGAGCUGCAGGACACCAACGACAGAAACCUGCCGUACACCGAGUGCGUCAUCGUGAACAGCGGCAGGAUCCCGGUGAAGGAGCCCUUCGUGGUGGAGGUGGACGGCUGGUAGACGUCGUCUCCUGGAGGACAAACACUGAAAACACUUUAGCAGCAGGAAGUCCUGUUUCAAGCCGUGCCAACUUCAUAUCUUUCCUUUAGUUUGCUUAAAUGAACAGAAUAUCGGUUUAAUGUUUAACAGGAUAUUUUCGUUUUUUUCUUAUUUUUCCAGCUUUUGAGCCGAACUACUAAAACUGAAAAGACUCAAAGUACGGAGGGAAUGUUGUCCCAUUAUUGUUGCAAAGUAAAGAAGCUGCUUUAUAAAAGGAAAAAUUUCAUAAUCAAAAGAGUUGGACGGUAACUUUUAUUCUUUGUUUUGG